AUGAGCUUCUCCGCCCUCCGAGCACUUCAUGCCUCCAUCGGCAAUGCGAUCGAUGACCUCGAGCGCAUCUACGCCGACCGAUCUCAGUCCGAGCCCUUGCACUUCCCCCGCCUCGAAGAUCCGUACUACACCUCUGCUACGCACUCGGAGGAAGAGUCGCUCGCACACCAGCUGGAUGACGACCCGGCCGUGUCGCUUGCAUCGAAGAAGAUCGUCGCGGCAUGCGGCCAACUCAGCGCUACGGUCAACAAGCCGUGGUACGGGCUCAUGGAAGCCAUUCAGGCUGGUCAACUGUCUGCGGCCAUUCGCUUCCUAGAGGCCGCUCACAUCCCCGAGAUCCUUCGGGAGGCGGGUCCCCAAGGGCUGCACGUACGUGAUAUCCACCGUGCGGUUGCGGAACUGCGCCCCCAAAACGCCCAUCCGGACCCCGCCAUUUUCACUCCGGCUAGACUAGGCCAUGUUCUGAGACUACUUGCUACGUCACAUUGGCUGCAGGAGGUAGCCCCUGAUACGUUUGCGAACAAUAGGCGGUCUUCGUACAUCGAUACUGGCAAGACUGUCGAGCAGCUGCGUGCCGAGCCGAGCAAGAAACACCUCGACACCGACGGCGUAGCUGCCUUUGUUGGUGUCACCGGAGACGAGGCCUUCAAGUUUAUGGCGUACAUGACGGAGUGGUUCCUCCCGGACACUAGAGCAGGUAGCCUCGUCGUAGAUGCGAAAGGUGGAUUCGACCACGCCCAGGCUACGGAGUCGAGUGCGAAGGACGAAAGCACCGCCGUGUCGUACGUCGCGCCUUUCAACCUCGCCUUCGACACGAAGCUCGGCUAUUUCCCAUGGCUGGAGCUCCCGGAGAACCGUAGCCGACUGGAGCGCUUCGGGCAUGCGAUGACCGGGACGCGGCAGUGGGAGACGAAGGAGGGCGUUCUCUUUGGAUUCCCAUGGGCGGACUUGCCGCCCGAUUCCGUCCUCGUCGAUGUCGGAGGAGGGAUUGGUUCUACCUCCCUGACUGUCGCGCAGGCCCAUCCUCAUGUCAGAGUGGUAGUGGAGGAUAGGCCGCAAGUCGUCGAGAUCGCACCUGCGUCGUGGGGUCCGAAGUACGCACCGUUGUUCGAGUCUGGACGAAUGUCGUUCCGCGCUCGUGACCUUUUCGCACCAUGGGAGCCACUCGCGUCUGGGAAGGCGCCUAAUGUCUUCCUGCUCCGGCUCGUUCUGCACGACUGGCAAGACGAAGACUCCAAAAAGAUGCUCGGCCUCUUGCGCUCCGCGGCGGGGCCGAACACCAAGCUCCUCAUCGGCGACAUGCUCCUCCCUUACGCGUGCGACGACGACGGCGCGUUCGUUGGCGAAGACUCCCCUAUCCUGCCGAACUUGGGGGUAGCGAACAUUCACGGGUACUUGAUCGAUAUCAUGAUGAUGGGUAUGUUCGGGGCGAAGGAGCGCACGGUCAGCGAGAUGUCUGAGCUGGCGUUGUUGGCGGGCUGGAAGGUGACGGACAUCAGACGUUCCCCUGGGUCGGUCUGGGCUUACACCACGGCGAUUCCUGUUUGA